CUCAAAAUAGGGGCCCCGCCAACUACCAUUUUAUCGUGAUUCACAUGGCCAGACACCCUAUCUCUAAGCGUUGUACGGGGAACACCAAACAUUUUGGCUGCCGUUUUUACUUUAACGCCUUUCUCGUGGACUGCUUAAUACGCGAAGUUCAACGACUCGAUAUCAUAUUGACGCCUCUUUAUUUUAUUUAUUAAAAACCUAUUGGGCUUUUCCUGAAAGGAAAAUUUUAUCUUUAAAAUGUGUAUUUUGUAUUCACUCACUCACUCGCCUAGUCACUCACUCACUCGCUCAGUCACUCACUCAAUCGCCCAGUCACUCACUCACUCGCCCAGUCACUCACUCACUCGCCUAUUCACUCACUCACUCGCCCAGUCACUCACUCAAUCGCCCAGUCACUCACUCACUCGCCCAGUCACUCACUCACUCGCCCAGACACUCACUCAAUCGCCCAGUCACUCCCUAACUCACAAAAGUUUAGUCACUAACCCUACUCAUGCACACAAACAAUUUAUUUAUUUUUGAUUUAUGGUCACGUCAUAAUAAAUGAGAGUAAAAUGACACAGACAAUUUGCGCGUUAAUUUUUGGACGUGAAUGUGGUGUAUUUGAAGCGGUAGAUUACAGCUACUGAACUAUCGUAUACAUAAAGCAUCUGCAUGCGGUGAACAGGCAAUGUCAAGGGUUUCAAGGUUUUGCCUGCGUCUUCACUAUGUCUGGAAUGGUAGGCGGCAUGCUGACUGCAGCCACAUCAGUACUGACCAGGGCAGUGGAGCUGGACACCAAGGCCCGAAUGGACGAAGCAGUCGUCUGCUACCAGGAGGGCCUGCAGUUGCUCAUGGAUGUCAUGAAAAAUACACCUGCAGGAGAUAGCAAAGAGAAAUUAAGGGAGAAAGUGAAGACCUACAUGGCUAGAGCUGAAGAACUCAAGAAACUUGUCGAGGCAGAAAAGCAAGCGGGGAAAUAUCAUGAGCAGAUACACAUUGAGAAUGAUUCUACUGGGCACAGCUAUAGUCGGUUAUUUGGACAGUUUUUAGAUGCAACACUGACAGAAGUCAUUGUGGAAGAUCCAUACAUAAGGUCCACUCAUCAGCUCUACAAUUUUCUGAGAUUCUGUGAAAUGGUAGUGAAGUCUGAGGCAAAAGUAAGAAGCAUCAAGUUGAUCACUGGUCAAGAUGAGCGGCCAGACCAGAGAUCGAACCAGGAAGGGAAGCUGCGGGAUCUGGCCACCAGCCUGACCAGCUAUAACAUCUCCCUGGAGUGGCAGUACUCCAACACACUGCAUGACCGGGAGAUCAGACGCUUGUCUUGCUCCUGGGUCAUCGAGGCGGCCUCUGGGUACGAUGACGUCAUCAUUCAAAUGGAGGUGCUUAACUCGUCACUAGAGUACUCCCUGGCCUGCGUGCGCGACUCCGUGGAGAUCCGAGACGGCGACAAGGAGUUUCACCGAUCUCUGGCGUCAUGGUGUGGCGCCACUUGGCCGGAAGGGCCUCUCAGCACGUCACGUGACAAAGCCUACAUAGGGUUCAGUACGGACUUCAAGAAAAACAACUACAUGGGAUUUAUAUUGGCGUACUGGCUGGAAAAGAAGCCCAUUCAACUGACGCAUGACCGGACGUGGGGCAGCGUAAACUAUGUCCUGUUGGGGGUCGGUCUGACCUUGCUUCUGGCGGUGCCUGUCUGUUUCCUAGGGCUCUACAUCGGUCAUGACGUCAACCAGCGCCGCAGUGUCGUCAUCAGUGAACGGAAGUCCGGGUGCAACGGCCACGUGACAACGCGCCGAAAGACUAGCUAAUCAUAGAUCAUGAACUAUGACGUGUCUGAUUGUCUUGUGUUUGUUAAGGUUUGCACGUUCAGUAAAAUUCAUACGAGCACGCAUAACGGCACGUGCGUAAGUUUCAAGACUUAUGCUCGACUGUUUUGUAGUGUUCUUCCUUUGUAAAGACAUUCCCAAUUUGUGAAAGUUAAUUAAAUGUCGAAUUGAGUGAACAGAAGCGACAUUUUAGCAAUAAUUUAUGACGUUUGUGUCACGCUUUGUUUAGGUAGACGCCAAUUCACCCUGGCAUAUAUAUAUACAGUGUAGAUAAGUAUACAAGCACCUGUGCGCAUUCUAAUCUCGUGAACUGUGUCAGAAAUCGCAAGGUGGAAAAUCAUAAUUACGGCUCAUACGGCAUUUUUUAAUCUGUACGAACAUGCGACCUUGUGUUCUGAAACUUAAGCCUUCGUUAUUCUUAUGUUUCAACGGCAUUGUCAUUGACAUUUUCGGCAUUGAAUACAGCACCUUGCAUUUUUCACUUUGUAUUACAAGGAAAGUUCGGUCUUGUUAGAUUCUAGUUGUUCCCUCUGUAGAAUGAGAAAUAUGCGUCUUUUGAGGACAUUUUGAUAUCGGAACGCUGAGUCAGAGUCUGGAUUGCUUUGUCCGUGCCAAUAAUUGCAUGAAUUAUAAGGACCAAAUGCUUAAAAAAAUAUCCUCUGUUUUUGGACCUGCACUUGGUUAAUAAAGUAGUUUUUGUU